AUGGCUUUCAUUCGUAUUGUUCAUCUUCAUGCGACCACCCCGUCACAUCUACGGCUCCUUUUGUUCUACAUUUUGUGUGUGCAUUGCAUAGCAGGUUCUUUUGAAUGGUUAUUUGGUUGGACAACCCAGUUGUCACUUUUCAUUAGCUACGCUAAAGCAAUUGAGCUUCUAAUUAUUUGCUACUUUUAUCUGGACGUAGCGUCAAAGAUGAUGCAUUGGAGUUCUGUAGCAGGGAAGCGGCUGUGCUUUUCCGCGUUAUUCUUGAUGUUCACAUAUUUCACGUUGUUUUUGGUUGCCGGUUUUCUGUUAUCUAUAGAACCAUGGAGAGACUGUCAUGCACCCUAUUGGAUUUGGUUCUCCGCUGGAGAAUUCAUGAUGGUGCAGCUAAUGGUGGGCUCAUUUUUCCUGAUAUUACGUCGGAUGAGUAGAAUUUCUGCCGCUCCCAAUAUAAGAGCUAACCAGCGCCGUGAUCUUUUCAGUCUUUUCUGGGCGUUUGAAACAUCAGCUCUGGUCGAUCUUGGCUACCACAUUAGCCUUUUUAUCUUGGCUGAUGAUAAAAAAGGAUGCAGUGGUAUCUUUGAUCACGAUCAGUUACGGUACUCAUUACUGAAAUUCCCCUACGAUCUUAUCUCAUUUCUUAUGCCCGUCUGGGCAAUCCUUUAUGUCUUCCGUUCUGCUUCGAAGACGAACCCCUAUGAUGACGAUUUAACGGAGUCCCUUUACUCAUCGCGUUCAUCGUCAAUUUCAUCAAUUGCUGAUGUGGUCGUUGUUCGUAAUUGGCGGCGUCGUUAUCGGCCACUUACUCAGGUAAUUCCUUCUUUGGUCACA